AUGAUUUCGCAAACAGCAGACGCUUUCAAGAUUAUCGAGAAGGACGGAGUCAAGUACGCUGAGGUUCAGGCAUUCCCUGAAGACGUUGCGGUCAAAUGCACUGCAGAGGAUCUCACCCUUGUUUCACCAACAAAAGAGCAAGUACUGGCCAAGCUGGAGAGAUACGGCGGAUGCAUCGUGAAAAACUAUCUUCCUAAGGAGAAAGUGGACCUAAUUGAGCAAGACGUUGAUGCCCUCAUCAUUGAUGGCCGCAAGUACAAUGGCUCGUUUCUGCCAACCCAGACGAUUUCUGUCCCCGCAAUGUGCAAGAAGUCGCUGGUAACCACAGAAGAGUUUGUGUGCCAUCCUCUCAACCUGGCAGUUUCGGAUGCAAUUCUUGGAAAAGAAAACUGUUUUUGGGUUGGAGACGAGGUUAUCACUGGCUACUCUCCAGCACAGCAUAAUUCUUGUAUUUCGUUCAGGAUUGGGCCUGGAGCACCAGAUCAAGUCCUUCAUCGUGAUGAUAUCCUUCACCACAACAUCAGAAAGCACAUGGACAGGUACGAGUACGGAACAGAAACGGCAGUAGGAACAGUUCUGGCAUUGUCAAAGACAACAAAGCAGAAUGGGGCAACCCGGUUUGUUCCAGGAUCGCAUCUGUGGUCACACAUGCGCAAACCACUUAAAGAUGAAGCAGUUUACGCAGAACUUGAAAGAGGUGAUUGCUUUUUCAUGCUUGCUUCGUGCUAUCACGGGGGAUCCGCAAACACCACCGAGAGCGAAUAUCGUACUCAAGUCAUUUUGUUCAUGACUCAGGGUACUUUGAGACAAGAAGAGAACAUCCUUUUGGGGACCCCACUUGAAUACUUCAAGUCUCUUUCUCUCACUGCCAUCAAGGCACUUGGGAUCACCAUGAGCUACCCAUUCUGUGGUGGUGUUAAUGGUCGGGAUGCCACCGCAUUGCUGAUGCCCGAAGAGUACAAGAAGCGCGAGAAGGAUGACCCGUACACUUCCACCUACCCUGGACUUGUGGUUUGA